UUCAUUCGUUCACGGUAAGCAAAAAUGCAUACCAAAACCCCUCCUGCACAUAAUAAGCGCUCUAUAGCUGGAGAUAAAAAGUAGUUUGGAAAGGGUGGAAGGCAUAAAGUGGUGAGGAAAAACGAUGGCAAUGUCAUCUCCAGUAUCCCCCUUCGCAAAACCCACCGUAGGCUUCCCAGCCAAACCCUACUCUCGUUUCAGGGCUUCCUCUACCGCUCCAAUUCCCGAUUUCUUCUCUUCCGAAUGGCUUGAAUCUCGCAAGAAAAGACCUUUUGGCCCGAAGCUGGAGUUUAGUGCUGAGGAAGCAGUCCAGUGUCAGCUUGAUGCAUUGAAAUACAAUGAUCAACCUCGGGAAGACUAUGGUAUUGAAGUCAUGUACAGGUUUGCUGGCUUCAAUCCAUUUGAAAGAUCUACUUACUUUGGACCAUUCUUUGAUCUCGGGCAGUUUGAGCGAUUUAGGAGAUUAUUCCACCAUUCAACUUACCGAGUUCUUCUUUGCCACAAGGAACAAAAGAUUCUAAGCAGUUUGUGGGUGCAAGAGAAUCAAUUCAAACAGAGAGUUUUAAUUAAAGGUUCACGUCCCGAGGAAGAAGAAAUCUUCCAGUUCACAAUGAUUCAGAAGAUUGGUGGAUGUUGGGACGGUUACUGGCUAACUGAGAGCCUACUUCAUGAUAGGGAUGUGUUUCUUGGUGGUGUUGCUUAUUGAUGCUGUAUUUACUAUGAGGAUAAUCAACUCGUGUAGAUAAAAGGAUUUUAGAUUCUGCCAAGGUUGAUGUCUGUUUAUACUUGCUUUUAGUAUGGUCUAAUAUAUGUUAUUAGUGUUUAGGCCUAAGAAAAUAGUUUAACAGGUUUAAAAAUGUUAUUUUGCUCAUUUAUAAAUUUAUAUUCGUGUCCUAUAUAUAUAUAUUUCA